AUGGUCGAUCCAAGGAGAGCGCUGAUACCGAGGAUUUUCGCCCCCAUCAUCGGUCUAUUAAUUUUGGUUGCGAUCGCCGUUGUGAUAGGAAUGUUUUAUUUAAGAGGUCCAAACGAGGCUAACAAAAACGCUGUAAUUACCUUGGAGGAGCCAUAUGUAUUUUCUACAAACCCCACCCAGGAAAAACUGAAAAUCGCUAGGCCGUAUCGGGUGUUGACGUCGCGGACGCCAGCGACCUCUAGUACUGUUACAACGCUACCAACUACAGUUACGGAAAUCGCGAGCACUACGGAAAUGACGACAAGAACUAUAGAAACAAUGCCGACAACAGAUAAUUCUAUCGAGUUAUUGACCUCAACGUUGAUGGGA